AGCCUUUACAGGAGCAGUGGUAGGCUUUCGGACAGAUAACACCAGGGGACAGUGGUUCUUCAAGUCUGACCCACUUCAGGUUAUAAAAACAGCCUUCACCCAGUGGAGUUGACACAGUCAGGACUGGCGUGUACAGCAGCCAACCCAGAGAUGAGUGUGUCAACGUGUCAGAUGAAGGAGCGUUACAACCAGCAGGGAUUCCUCUCUGCUGUACCGGUCCUAGACGACACAGAGCUGAGGGAGGCCAGACAGGCCUUCAACCACCUGGAGAGAGAGUUCGGUGAGGAGUAUACCCAGUACAGUCUCCACAAUGUGCACCUGAAGUACCCCUGGGUGAUGGGCCUGGCCAAACACCCCCACAUCCUACAGGUGGUACAGUCCAUCCUGGGCUCUGAUGUCAUCCUGCUAGACUCACGCUUCAUCUGCAAGUACCCAACAACCCCCACACCCCACCCCACAGCCACACAGGCAGGAAAUGAUGCCAUCACUCUGACCAGUGAGGAGGAAGUGAGGUCAUCAGAGAAGGACCAGCAGAGUGAGACUGGACUGCCCUUCGUGGCCUGGCACCAGGAUAUGAGGUACUGGGGAAUAGCUGGGGGUCCAGUCCUGUCGGUGUGGCUGGCUCUAGAUGAUUCACUGGCAGAAAACGGAGCCCUGAAGGUCAUCCCAGGAAGCCACUGCUCUGGCAUGCUGCCCCACCAACUCGCCUCCCGCCCCGGAAACAUGCUGUCAGUCAACCAGGAGAUCCCUGAGGAGCUGGUGCAAACGGAUAGCGCUCUACUCUGCCCCCUGCUGGCUGGGCAGAUGUCUAUCCAUGAUGGGUUCCUGGUCCACGCCAGUGACCCCAACACAUCCCAGAAGAGACGCUGUGGCUUCGUGAUCCGAUACGUCCCUACCUGUGCCUACCCUAUACAGGACCCAGACCGUCCCAGGCGUUUCCAUGCUACAGUGAUGGCCAGUGGAUCAGACCAGUUCAGUCACUUCUCCACCUUGCUGUGAUGAGCCUUACAGCACAACUUCAACCAUAUCCAUAGAGAUCCCAUUACUGUAUUACUGUCUGAUACUUAGAGGAACCUCAUGAUACUGUGUUCACCUUGAUGACUUACUGCUGUGUUCACCUUGAUGACUUACUAUAUGUUUUAUGAUAUAAAAUGCUAACCUUCCCUGUUAUUGUAAUGGUGAGAGGUUAGUAUGUCUUGGGGGUAUGAUAUAAAAUGCUAACCUCCCCUGUUAUUGUAAUGGUGAGAAGUUAGCAUGUCUUGGGGUAUGAGAUAAAAUGCUAACCUCCCCUGUUAUUGUAAUGGUGAGAGGUUAGCAUGUCUUGGGGGUAUGAUAUAAAAUGCUAACCUCCACUGUUAUUGUAAUGGUGAGAGGUUAGCAUGUCUUGGAGGUAUGAUAUAAAAUGCUAACCUCCCCUGUUAUUGUAAUGGUGAGAGGUUAGCAUGUCUUGGGGUAUGAUAUAAAAUGCUAACCUCCACUGUUAUUGUAAUGGUGAGAGGUUAGCAUGUCUUGGAGGUAUGAUAUAAAAUGCUAACCUCCCCUGUUAUUGUAAUGGUGAGAGGUUAGCAUGUCUUGGUGGUAUGAUAUAAAAUGCUAACCUCUGUUUUCGGGGUAUGAUGUGUGAAUUUAACUUUUUUACUUUCUCCCUCGUCAUUAUUAAUUCAGGACUAUAUGUUGUCAUGGUAACGUCCAUGUAGAAGUGUUUAGAACCGUACAGCAUGUGUCACUGUCCCAAUACCGGUGGAGCUCACAGUAUCCGGGUUGGACUGGGUUGGACUGGGUCGGGCUGGGUUGGACUGGGUUGGACUGGGUCGGGCUGGGUCUCAUGUUUCUGUACAGUGAACCAGAAUGGCCCAUAGGGCAGGAGUCCAUCUCCUGUUUCUGUAGAGUGAACCAGAAAUGGCCCAUAGUGCAGGAGUCCAUCUCCUGUUUCUGUAGAGUGAACCAGAAUGGCCCGUAGGGCAGGAGUCCAUCUCCUGUUUCUGGAGAGUGGACCAGAACGGCCCGUAGGGCAGGAGUCCAUCUCCUGUUUCUGUAGAGUGAACCAGAAUGGCCCGUAAGGCAGGAGUCCAUCUCCUGUUUCUGUAGAGUGAACCAGAACGGCCCGUAGGGCAGGAGUCCAUCUCCUGUUUCUGUAGAGUGAACCAGAACGGCCCGUAGGGCAGGAGUCCAUCUCCUGUUUCUGUAGAGUGGACCAGAACGGCCCGUAGGGCAGGAGACCAUCUCCUGUUUCUGUAGAGUGAACCAGAACGGCCUGUAGGGCAGGAGUCCAUCUCCUGUUUCUGUAGAGUGAACCAGAAUGGCCCGUAGGGCAGGAGUUCAUCUCCUGUUUCUGUAGAGUGAACCAGAACGGCCCGUAGGGCAGGAGACCAUCUCCUGUUUCUGUAGAGUGAACCAGAACGGCCCGUAGGGCAGGAGUCCAUCUCCUGUUUCUGUAGAGUGAACCAGAACGGCCCGUAGGGUAGGAGUCCAUCUCCUGUUUCUGUAGAGUGAACCAGAACGGCCCGUAGGGCAGGAGUUCAUCUCCUGUUUCUGUAGAGUGAACCAG